CCCUCCGAGUCAAGUAAGUUCCCCGUUCCUUCUCUUUUUUCUUUCCCGGCCAUGUCUUCGCCUAGCGAUAGGAUCUCGUCCUCAGAGGACUGCUCCUCUGAGGAUUCCAACUCAUCUUCCUCGACCGGGUCUUCUUCUCCUGAAUCUACGCCCGGUCAGGUUCCCAACUCCUCCAUUCCCGACCCGCAUCCUGUAAAUCAGGUGCCCGGUGAAACUUUCGUGGGGAGGGAUGACCCGGUCGAUGACGAACUGGGCCCCUAUGACCCUGAACACGAAACCCGGGAUGCGUGGGAGGAGCGGCUUCAUGCUGCCGGUUACUUUCCGCUUCCCACCUUCUACGUCCUUGACAUCCCCUCCCGUGUAUCCAAAAUUGCUUUAAAUAAAAUCCGUAGGAGGCUCCCGGAUGGGUAUACCCUCCUCUACGAACUUAACUGGCCCAACAUCGUUGAACCCCACCGGGAGGAUAGGAUAGGGUUUCAUACCAUUUCCCUGGACGCGGGCAUAGUUUUUUCCCUUCGCCCCCUCCUUACUGAGGUUUGCCAUGCGUUUAGGAUUUUGCCCGGCCAAAUAACUCCUAACGCCCACCGGUACCUCCACUCCUUCGUAAAUAUCUGUACCCAUCUGAAAAUCUUCCCUUCUUUGCGUCUUUUCCUUUUUUGCUUCGAAGUCCUACCGGGCGGAGCUGGCUGCGAAGGUUUUGUAUUCUUCAAAGCCUGCACCGGUAGGAAGUUCAUUUCCGAAGUCCCCCAGAGUAACCGGGGAUGGAAGGAAAAAUUUGUUUUCAUCGAGUUUCCUCCCUUCUUCACUCCUCUGGCCGGUCUAAAAUGGAAUGACCAUCUACUCGACCAAGAGUAUGCUGCACCGGCCUCCUCCCCAGACUUGGAAGCUAACCUCGAGAUCCUCAUGCGCGGGGAUCCUCAAACCGGGAGGAUCUUCCAUCAAGGCAGCUGGGUUUGGAGGGUAGAGUCGGGUGGUGAGGGUACCUCCCAGGCCCA